CUGGCAGUGGAAAACAAUAUCAUAUGACAACUUCCAAGAUAAAUGAGACAACCUGCCAGAACUUGACAAGUUUUCGCUGGUUUUGCCAUUUGAGCUUCAAAAUCCCCGCCUGAUAUUAAAGAAAACGGGGGUGGCUUUCCCGGUGGAAAUAUUGAUUUCUAGUGGCGUGCGCAGGAAAUUUCGCCCGCACAAGGAAAAUGCAUAUCAAACGCACCGCUUUAUGCGUUUUCCUCAAAAUCCUUUCCCUAAAUGCUGCGAUAAUUGUCUGGAGUAACAAGAGAGUGGAAGUGUCGCCUUUGCUACCGUUUGACGAUGACGACCUGGAGAAACUCGCCUCCAAACUAGAGGUAAAGAAUGUGUUUUUGUUUAGGGUGGCUUUGAAGACUAGCACGGCCCCUAUUCCUAAAAACCUGCGGGAAGUGAUUGAGCCCUACCACUCCUCCUAUAAUCCGAAUGGAAACAUUGCAACAGCCAACGCUACAGAACUGUCCCUAUUGGACGAUUGCAAUGGGAUCACCACCCAACUGAAGAUUAAGGAGAAAGUGGGAAAUGCCACGGACUUUUUGUGCGUCCUCGACGUCACCUACCCCCGAAUAAGGAGCAAAAGGGCUGCGGAUGAUCAAGAAGCAACCAACAGAACGCAGGCGGAAGUCAAAGGUCCAGUUAUCUACAUCAGCGAGACGGAUUUAAGCAAAAAGAACAACCAAUACGCGCUGCUGUAUUCAUCCAAGCCGCUGAAGCUGGAGGUGAACAACAGCGUUAAAUAUCUGGGAAACACCGAUAACAGUUUGAUCACUUUGAGCAAACGCUUCAACAUCCCAGUCCUUCUGGGGACGGAGGAGAAAGUCUAUUUGAGAUUCGGCAUUUCCUGGAUCAAUGGCUAUUGGUAUAUGCAGACGGUGAAGGUGGAACUCACUGGGGAGUCGGAAGGGAAGCCGAGCUACUACACUUUGACCACCGAUGAGAAUAUAUUGGCUCCUGCCCAUUUCUCCUACCAUUGCAAUGGACAGUCGGUGUUUUCAGACCCCACCACUGGCACCAAGCUGACCAUCUACGACCUCCAAGUGCAAAUCGACGCCAAAAAACCGAAAUUUGGAGACGCUAAUGAUUGUGUCCCAUUUACAACUGCCCCCAUUUGGUCUGGGCUUUUUGUUACCACUAUUUUAGGCUUGGGGCUGAUUGUGGCGCUGACCGCUCUAAUGGACAUCAAAACAAUGGACAAGUUCGAUAACCAGGCCACAAAGAACUUGGGCAUCACUGUGAUGGAUUAAAAUAGAACCUGUUGAAUAUUUAAACUAUUUAUAGCUGAACUUUCAUAUUUCAAUUCUUGCAUGUGCACAACGACCCUCUACAUAUCGGUCUCCUGUCCUGCUCCUGUGUGAUAGACGAUCCUGCAAGGCAAUAAACUAGUUUCUAUUGUUGCUAUAUUUUUGAGGGCUGCGGAAAAUGCUGUAGAUACUGUUUUGGGCUCGCAAUAUUUUUUUAUCUGUCCGCAAAAAAUAAAGUCUUCAGAUAAAUGCAA